AUGGUUGCAAACACAAGCGCCUACCUGGUCGCGUCGUUGUUGGAGAAGAUGGGCUCCGAAGACAACGACUUCCGUUUCAUGGCCCUGAACGAUCUCAUCACUGAGCUCCAGAGCCCCGCCUUCAGCCUCGAAGAAUCGACAGAGAAGAAGGUUGUCGACAAGGUUCUUCUCUUGAUGAAGGACAAGAAUGGAGAAGUUCAGAACCAAGCCGUCAAAUGCCUGGGUUCCCUCGUGAAAAAGGUCCAGGAGUCACAGCUGCAGCAGAUUGUUGAUAACUUGUGCGCGUUCGUGUCUCAGGACAAGGAGGAUCUUCGGGAGAUUGCCAGUAUCGGUCUCAAGACCGUUAUAGUCCAGGUCCCCACCAACUCGGUCGUCGCCGUCAAUGUUUGCAAGCGUUUGGUUCCUCGGUUACUCGCAACACUCGAGAACCCCAGCUCAAGCUAUGAUGCCCAGAUGGAUUCACUUGACAUCCUUAGCGAGGUUCUUCUCAGAUUUGGAAACAUUUUCGCCACCAUCGGUCUUCAGAAGCAGACCGCCAACACUCUCUUUACUCUUUUGAGCCACGCUCGCCCAGCCCUGCGUAAGCGUGCCACCACAGCCAUCGGCCAUCUCGUGGCUCAUAUGCCUGACGAUAUCUUUGAGGAUCUCUUGAAGAAGAUCCUCAACGGACUCGAGACCUCCAAGAACUCGCCUGACCGCCUCCGCACAUAUAUCCAGGUCACCGGCACCAUCAGUCGUUCGAAUGCCCCCCGGUUUGGCAAGUUCCUCCCUGGAGUUGCUCCUUCAGUCAUCAAGUACACGGAUCUGGAUGAUGACGAGCUUCGUGAGAACGCCUUGCAAGCAUUGGAGGCCUUCGUCCUUCGCUGCCCAGGCGAGAUCACACCAUACAUUGAUACCAUCAUUGAACUCGGACUGAAGUUCCUCCGCUACGAUCCCAACUAUGAUGAUGGUGAGGACGACGAGGACGAUGAAGAUGAGGAGAUGGGCAGCGAUAACGAGGAUGACGAUGAUGAGGAUGACGAUGGUGAAUACUCCGACGACGAUGAUAUGUCAUGGAAGGUCCGUCGCACAUCCGCCAAGCUUCUCGCAGCCAUUAUCGGAACUCGUCAGGAUCUUCUUGCACAGCUUUACUCUACCAUCGCCCCUACACUCAUCAACCGUUUCAAGGAGCGCGAGGAGACUGUCCGUCUCGAGAUUUUGCAGACUUUUAUUGCUUUGCUUCGCCAAACCAACACCUACGGAGGAGCAGAGUACGAGAUUGACGCCACCCUCGAGAGCCUGCACAAGAAGAGAAAGGGUAGUCGCCCUGGUACUCCCAUUGAGACUGACCAAAGCCCCAAGGCUCUUUUACGCGGACAGGUCUCUCGUUUGACCAAGAACUUGGCCAAGCAGAUGUCUUCAAAGUCGGUUCAGACUCGUGUUUUUGGCUACGUCCUUCUCAAGGAGCUCGUCACUGUCUUGAAGGGUGGUUUGGAGACCAACUACAUGCUCUUUAUUCCCUCCAUCAAGCAGUCGCUUUCGACCGCCUCCCAGUCCGACCACCACCACUUGGGCACCAACUCCAACUUGAAGAUCGAGGCUCUUGGAUUCUUGCGUAGCCUCUUCCGCACCCAUGCUCCUGAGGUCUUCCAGAAACACCUUGACCAGCUCUGCCCACCUGUCAUCUCUGCUAUUCAGGACAAGUUCUAUAAGAUUUCCUCGGAGGCAUUGGUCUGUUGUAUGGAGUUGAUCAAGGUUGUCCGUCACAUGGACUUUGACGAGGAUGCUCAAAAGUACUCGUUCGAACCCCUGAGCGCUGAGGCCAAGCCAUACAUUAUCCAGAUCUACAAUGUCAUUCUCCAGCGCGUCUCGACCGCCGAUGCUGAUCAGGAGGUCAAGGAGCGCAGCAUUCUCUGCUUGGGCGUGCUCCUGUCGCGUGUCGGUGAUGAGCUUAAGGCUGAGUUGGCCGCCUGCUUGCCUCUUUUGUUGGAGAAACUGCAAAACGAGCUCACUCGCCUCAUGGCUGUUAAGACCCUCUCCCAGAUUGUCGAGAGUCCUGUCUGCGCUGAGGCCGACAUUAAGGGAUCCAUCUUGCAGGCCAUUCCCGAGGUCGCUUCCCUUUUGAGAAAGAGCAACCGCCCCCUCAAGGUUGCUAGUCUUCACUUCUUGGACGUUUCCAUUCGUCGCUUUGGAAAGGUUCUUAGUGUUCAGACUUACGACGAGUUGUUGAACGAUUUGAAGCCAUUGAUCACCGAGGAAGACCUUCAUCUUUUGCCACUUGGAUUGACCUCUGUUGUGUCCAUCUUGCACGCCAACCCGUCCAGCGUCAAUAUUGUCAAGCAGGGUAUCCUCCCCUUGGUCUUCAAGCUCAUCCGCUCGCCUCUUAUCCAAGGACAGGCUUUGGACAGCCUCUUGGCCUUAUUCGCUGCUCUCGUUCGCACCAACGACAAGGAGUUCUCUGUUUUGGUGAGCAGCCUUGUCGAGCCCGCCAGCGUUCCUACGCCCGAGGGUCAACUCGCCUUGUCCAAGCAGGCUUUCUCGACCAUUGCCCAGUGCAUUGCUGUCAUUUGCUUAAACUCUGAGAAGAACCUCGAGAUAACCGUUGCCGAGUUUAUUCGCAAGAUCGAGGAACCUCGCACCUCUGACUCUCUUAAGUACCUCUCAUUGAUUACCUUGGGAGAGAUUGGCCGUCGUGUGUCCCUGAGCAACCAUGCCACCGUUCAUACCUCGAUUCUUGCCAUGUUCAAUGUCCACUCGGAGGAGGUUCGCUCGGCUGCUGCCUUUGCCAUCGGCAAUGUCAGUGCUGGAAACGUCGGUGUCUAUGUUCCCAUCAUCAUCCAGGAGAUCCAGAAGGACCCCAAGAAGCGCUACCUUCUUUUGCACGCCCUCAAGGAGGUCAUCACCCGUUACACCCAGAAGCAGGGUGGACAAGAGCUGGAGGCUCAUGCUUCCCAGAUUUGGGCCCUUCUGUUCGACAACUGCGAGAGCCAGGAGGAGGGAACUCGCAACGUCGUUGCCGAGUGUCUCGGAAAAUUGACUUUGACCAACCCCUACAAGUUCUUGCCCGAGCUCCAGGCUCGUUUGCGAUCGGAUUCUCCUCAGAUCCGUGGUACUGUCGUCUCGGCAUUCAAGUACACGUUCACUGACAAUGCUCGCAGCUAUGAUGAGCUUCUUCGCCCCCUCAUUGUCGAGUUCUUGUCGUUGAUGAAGGACAAGGAUCUCAACGUCCGCCGCUUGUCUCUUUCGACCUUGGACUCUGCUGCUCAUAACAAGCCUUACCUGAUUCGUGAUGUUCUUGGCCAGCUGUUGCCUUUGUUGUACCAGGAGACGAACAUUGUGGAGGAGUUGAUUCAUAUUGUGGAGAUGGGACCCUUUAAGCAUCGCGUCGAUGAUGGUCUUGAGAUUCGCAAGUCUGCAUUUGAGUGCAUGUACACCUUGCUCGAGAAGUGCAGAGACAGAGUCGAGAUCUUUGCGUUCAUUGACCGUAUCCUUGUUGGGCUCACUGACCAACCUGACAUCAAGAUGCUCUGCCACUUGACCCUUGUCCGUCUGUCUAUCGUCUCUCCAACUGCCGUCGCCCAGAGAUUGGAUGAUAUGGUCGAGCCUUUGCACGCAACUCUCAGCUUCAAGAUGAAGCCUACAGCAGUGAAGCAAGAAUUGGAGAAGAACCAGGAGCUUGUCCGGUCUGCUCUGAGGGCGAUUGCAUUCUUGUCGAAGCUUGCCGAUGCUACGUUGACGCCCAAGUUCGCCUCGUUCUUGAACGAGGUGCGCGCUGGACCUAACGCUUACGACCUGAACCAGUAUAUUGCCGAGAGCGAGAGCCGCGAUGACCUGUACAACAACAACCUCAAGCUCGACUCUAUGGACCUUAGUUAA